GACAGCCUCCAAUGCGGCUAUGGAGGACGAGCUUCGGUCAGCCAAGGCCGAGCUCGCCGCUGCUCGCGAGGGUCGACCCCGAGCCUCGCAGCCAGUGGAGGCCGACAUAAUCGGCCUGGUGCGGCGGGAGAUGGCUGCGUUCCAGCAGCGUUUUGACGUGCUGGAGAGCAGGAUCCUCCGCCCCCCACUCGCAGGGAGUCAAGCAGCACCGCGCACAUUUGCGGCUGCGGCGGCUAUGCCGACUACUCCUGGUCGGUCCAGCGGUGUCCGGGCCCAACCGCCGGCGGCUUCGCCGGCGCAGGCUUCAGCUGAAACGGUGGUGAGGGCGCCAACAGUUCGUAGGCGUGGGGGCGCCGUGCCUGGGCCGUCUACUGCCCCAGCUGUGGAGCCUACCCGAACUUCGGGUUCCCCUGCCAGCGGCGGCGGAUGGCAGGUGGUCGGAGAGGCGAGGAGGGUCGCCAAGGAAGGGCGAAAGCGCCGAAAAAAGGAGCAGCGGCAGAGGCAGCGGCAGCGGCGCAAGGAAAAGCGCGCUGCGGCAAUGCUUGUCGCCCCUAAAACCGCGGCUGUAGUGAUAACUCUACAGCCGGACGCGGUCAAAAGAGGCGUGACAUAUGGCGACAUCCUCGCCAAACUGAAGCAGGCGGUAACUCCCGCGGAGUACGGGGCCCCUAACGGGUUCUCUUUGAAAGUGACGGCGACUGGAGCCCGUUUACUAGAGGUCCCCGGCGCGACCAGCGGUCCAACCGCUGACGCUCUAGCCGAAAGGCUCAGGGUGUGCCUUGGUGCAGACGAGGCUCGCGUGUCAAGGCCAACCAAGUGCCUGGAGUUGCGUAUAAUGGGCCUGGACGACUCCGUGACGGAGGAGGAGGUUGUGGCCGCUGUGGCCAGGACGGGUGAGUGCCCUGCAGAGCAGGUUAAGACCGGCACCAUCCGUCCAGAUAAUUCGGGGUUGCGAACGGUUGUAGUGAGCUGCCCCGUCUCAGCGGCCAAGAAAAUAAAGGAGGGUCGAAGGCUCCUGGUAGGCUGGGUCUCGGCGCAGGUCAAACUGCUCGAGGUCCGACCUAUAAGGUGUUUCCGCUGCCACGUAGGUGACCACGUGAGCGCUAGGUGCACCUCGGAGGUGGACCGCAGUGACUGCUGCUUCCGUUGCGGUCAGCCCGGUCACAGAGCCGGCUCGUGCUCUGCCCCGCUACACUGUCACGCAUGUGCGGCGGUUGGUAAGCCGGCCAAUCACCGGGUCGGGAGCAAGGCCUGUUCCCCUCCUGCCAAAUCCCGGGGCAAGGGUAGGCCCUCCGCUGUCCCCGUCAGUCCCGCCCCCGCCGCUGCAGUCGCCACUAAUGCCGUCGCCGCGGCCACCACUGGCUGUAAUGCCGUCAGGGAGGAGGCUGGGAUGGAUUGCCAAUAAUAGCUCCAUUCCGCCUCCUUCAGGCGAACAUCAACCACUGCGCCGCCGCUCAGGAUCUCCUGCUUCAGA